CACCGUUGUCCCUCUCCGUCAUCAUUACACUUCGACGGUGAAAGUUGCAGCGGCAAUCGAGGUUUUCAACUAAUGGACAUGUAUGCCGGUGGGUCGUGGAGUGUUUCAAGGAUUUUCCAUCAAUAAUAAUUCCUUAUCUAUGGCUUUAAUUGAAUUGGGAUUGCUGCGUAAUGGAACCCAGCUAAGACAAAGAUUCUGGUUCAGAGUGUACUAUAGUGCUUCAGCCUCCCUUUUGGAUGAAUAUUCAUUUGAUUCAGAACCAAAUGCCGAAACUAAAAUUACUGCUGAAAGUUAUGCACCAGGGGACAUUUUAUUUGUCAGUAGAAAGCGUACCCUUUUCCCCCAAGUAGUCAGAGUAUUUCAUUCUUUGAAUUGGAGGUUUGCAAGGGAAAUAAGAUUCUUUGAAGCUGUUGAAAAGUAUGGAUUUUCUCAUUCUAUCAAUGCCUUCUGCAUUAUGGUUCAUAUCUUCUCAUCAGCAGGAAUGCUCAAAGAAGUACAUGAUCUCUUAAGAGAGGUCGUGUGCUAUUAUCAGGAAGUAAACUAUGACGCGUUUGAGCUGUGUCCCACUCUACUGGAGUCAUCAGUGGCAGAAAUUUCAGUGUCUGUUUUUGAAGUUCUUAUGACGGUUUUUGUGAGCUUAUCAAUGCUUGAACAUGCUGUAGAUGUGUUCGUGCAAGCUAAGAGCAUUGGGCUUGAACCGAAUGUCAGAGCAUGCAAUUUCUUGCUCAAGUUUUUGGUGGAAAGGAACAAAGUAGAAUUUGUUAAAAGUUUAUUUGAUGAAAUGAAGAACUAUGGGCCACGACCUAAUGUUUGGUCUUAUAGUAUUUUGAUGAAUUCUUACUGUAAAGGAGAUAUUGGGAAGGCUGACACAGAUAUUAGCCAUGCGGCUGAGAUAUUAAAAGAAAUGGAGAGGUGUGGGGUGCAACCUACAGCUGUGACUUAUGGUACAUAUAUUCAUGGGAUUUGCAGGGUUGGAGAUGUUGAGUCUGGGUUGAAAUUCCUUCGAAACUUGAGAGAAAGAAACCAGCCCCUCAAUAGUCAUUGUUACAAUGCCAUUAUCCAUGGCUUUUGCCAUAAAGGUAAGUUAGAUGAGGCUGUGGAGGUCUUUGAAGAAAUGGAGAGAUGUGGAGUAUCACCAGACGCUCACAGCUACAGCAUUCUGAUUCACGGGUUCUGCAAGAAGGGGGAUGUUGCAAAAGGCAUCAGUUUACUGGAGGAAAUGGUUCUCCAUAACAUAAGGCCUUCCUUGGUUAGCUAUAGCUCGCUUUUGGGUGGUCUCUGCUUGAUUGGACAAAUGGAAGCUGCACUUGAGUUGUUCCACAAGCUUGAGGCUUUGGCUUAUAAUCCCGACCAGACCGCUUAUAACAUCUUAAUAAAUGGAUAUUGUAAGCAUGGAGACUUCGAUUCUGUGCAUAGAUUUUGGAUCAAGAUGAUCAGAAAUAAUUUCGUUCCUGAUGUUUACAACUAUACUUGCUUGGUUCAUGCUUACUGCUUGAUGGGAUGCUUAGAGAAAGCCUUGGAACAUUUCCAACUCAUGCUGGACGAGGGAAUACUUCCAAACACUGUUACAUGCACUGUUAUUGUUGAUGCAUACUGCAGGAAAGGAUAUAUUGAUGAAGCUUUCAGACUCUUGGACGAAAUGCAAGAACAGGGCAUUAUUCCCAACUUGUUUACAUUUAAUGCAAUCAUCAAUGGACUGUGCAAGGAAAGGAAAGCAGAGAGGGCUUGGGAGCUAUUUCCUUUGAUGUUGCGGAGGGGUCUUGUUCCCGAUGCUGUUAUUUAUAGUACACUUAUUGAUGGUUUUGUCAAUCAGUCAAAUUUAAAGGAGGCUUUCAAGCUGUAUGCGAGGAUGUCAAAAAGUGGGAUUGCACCAAACAAAGUCACAUGCACUAGCCUUAUUAGUGGACUAUGUGAUGUUAACAGGAUUAAUGAAGCCAUGAAUUUAUUCAAGGAAAUGAAAGCAAAGCAUUUGAUUGCAGAUGCAAUUUGUUACACAGCAAUUAUAGCUGGGUUUUGUAAAAUUGGAUACAUGGAGAAGGCUCGUGCUCUUUUUACUGAAAUGGUACAAAAUGGCCUUUUGCCUGAUGUUGUCACUUAUACCUGUCUGGUUGAUGGGUACUGCAAAUCGGGCCGGUUGGACCUCGCACGGCAGUGGUUUGAUGAAAUGACAAGGCAAAAAGCCAAUCCUAAUGAGGUAACUUAUACUGCACUAAUCACUGCAUACUGCAGACUUGGUGAACAGGAUAAAGCUCAUUUGGUAUACAAAGAGAUGAAGAAGGCCGGUGUGCUACCAGAUGAUGUUACCUUUUCGGUACUCGGGUUAGAUGAUGGUGGGGCUAUGGGGGUUAGGCAACCAAGGGAAUGAUAUGUUAUAAAUGAAGUGACUUUCUGACCUUUUGUACCAAUUUUGACCAGUUCCAGGCUCACUUUCAGCAUCCCAUAUGGGUGCUGCGGACUUGCUGGACUGGAGUAAGCUUGAAGAGGCAUAUAUUGAGUUGAGGAUGAAAAGUUUGAGGGAGAAUGAUGUUUGCCUGUUCUGACCUUUCAGACCAACUUCCAUUGGAUGCUGAUUUUAAUCUUCUAUUUGCGUGAAAGCUAAAUACAGGUAUGCGCUAUUAUCUUAAGCCUUUUAUACUGUUGAUAUUUUUUGCAUAGCUCUUCUAUAACUGAUGACAAGAACAUAUGAAAGUUAUUAUAUGCACUGUAGUGUGUGAAGGCUGUUGAAAUGUUUGCAUUUAUUAAUGGUGAUGGCAUGAAAUGUGGAAAGGAAAAUUGUAAUGGUUAUACUUAUCUAGUAAAAAGAAAAAG